AUGUCGGUCAAUAGCAGAUAUCAUUAUGCCUACUUGGCAUUAGGAGAAAAACGUAGAAAGUUAAGUUUUUACGCAGAUCUUUACCAAGAGAAAAUUAACCAAGAAUUUUUAUAUCCAGCAAUAACCUCGAAAAAUAAUAAUUUAGUUGAUAAUUUCUGUAAUGACUUAGAGAGUCUUUUUGAGGAGAAUGAUCCUACAUUGGAUAAAAGUAUACGAAAAUUUGUUA